UCAUAUUCUCAAGUCUUGUUCAUCUAUUCAUUUUCUAAUCUGAUUCUUGUUCUUCGUCGUCGACUGAUCUAUUUUCUAUCAGGCUCCAAUUAAAGGCCAGAAAUUCCCUGCUAUACCAUAAGGUGGUGCAAGAAAAAUAUUUUAGGAAUGGAGGGUGACAAAGCACAUCAACAGGAAGGGGAACCUGAACCAUCCAUGCCUUCACCCCAGGAGGAGGAGGAAGCAAUUAAGAAAAAGUAUGGAGGAAUUGUGCCCAAGAAGCCACCACUUAUUUCUAAGGACCAUGAACGUGCUUAUUUUGAUUCAGCUGAUUGGGCACUUGGAAAGCAAGGAGCUCCUGUAGAGAAGCCCAAAGGACCAGUUGAGGCACUUAGGCCUAAAUUGCAGCCCACACAACAACAAACACGGUACCGGAAAUCUCCAUAUGCUCCUGCAGAUGGUGAAGAUGGAAGUAACGCUUCUGAAGAUGCAAGUGCCAAUGACUGAGAGACUGCUGGUAGUCUUUUCAUCUCAAGAUAUCAACUCUUAUCCUUCUAAUAUCUAAAAAGGUGGCUAGUGUCAGCCCAUUGCUCCCAGAAAUAAAAGCAAAGAAAAGCUGUUGAUGUACUUGCCAAAGUAAAGAACCAUAACAAUGUUUCCUAUGACUAGACUCUUACUGCUGGAAUUGCCAGCAAGCCAAUGUCUUUUCUUAGAAAUGGAAUAUUUAUUUUUUCUUUAUUUAGCAAAACUCUCGCAUGGAACUUUUUAACAUGUUAGUUGUACUGAAGCUUAAAUUAUUC